ACAAGACCAUCAACGAAAGGACGAUAAAUAUUAGGAUGAUAACUUGUUGGGUCCUAGCCGGUAUCCUCGGUGCCGUCAUACUCCUUCAUCUCCUCGUCGAGGUUCAUUAUUUCCUACGUAUGUUCCUCACGGUUUUCCUUGCGAGAUUCUGUAAAAAGAAAAUUCAUAUACUUGAUGAGGCAUCGGUCUAUGGUAUUUGUACUACGACCGACGUAGACACUCUUCUCUAUCACAUGAACAAUGCAAGAUAUUUGAGAGAAUUGGACUUUGCUCGAGCUGAUUUUUACGAGCGAACUGGUCUUUAUCGUGAAAUUUGUUCUCAAGGAUCUGGUGUCGUUCAAGGAGCAGCAACGAUACGUUAUCGGCGAUUUCUCAAGCCUUUAACUAUUUAUAAGAUAACUUCAAAGAUCAUUUAUUGGGACGAAAAAACGAUUUUUAUGGAACAUCGUUUUGUUACGCCGAGUGAUGGAUUUAUCCGAGCUAUAGCUAUCUGCAGGCAAAGACUUUUAGACUGCAGUGCAGAGACGGUUAUGGGUACUCUCGUUGAUCGAGGUGUUAAACAAAAUGGUAACGUCGAGGCAGGUGUUACACAGAUAACUCACGUGAGGCCAGAGAUACCACCAGAAGUAGCAAGAUGGUUAGAAAGUAAUGAAAUUUCCUCUGCGAUUCUUCGACAAUCAAUUAUACCUACAAUGAAUACUACAACAACAGCAACCACGACGACAAUGACGACAACAACAACAACGACAACAACAACAACACCUUCGAAUUGCUGACAAAACGAGAACGCGACAAAUGGUGUCGCAGAAACGACGAUCUACGUAACUACUACCGUCUAAAUAUACAAUACGCGAGAACGUGAAAAGCACCGUGUUUAUAUGUAUGUUCAUUCAGAAUAAUAUUUCCAAGUGCACCGAUCAUUCUUUAUUUGUUGAUAAUUUAGAGAAGAUCUGAGAUUCUUCCUUUAUGUAUAUAUAUAUAUAUAUCUUCCUAUAUAUAUAUAUAUCUCCCUAUAUAUAUAUAUAUCUUCCUAUAUAUAUAUAUAUAUUUCUCAUACGAUUUUUUGUUCCAUAUAAAUGUAUUAUAUACAAUAUCACUUAUGUAUAUGUAUAUGUAGAAAAAAAUAUAACAACGCGGUGCUUUUAAGAUGACUGCUCAGGGCUAUUAUUUGAUGACCGAGAACAAAUAUUUACACGUAGACAUCUAACAAUAAGAUUUAUUCUUAUCGUCGCUUCAAGUUUUAAAAAAAUGUAAAAAAAGAAAGAUACAUUUCGCGAUAUGAAUUAGCAAGGGGGAAAGAA